CUUUAGACCUUAAAAAUAUAUCAGUACGUUGUAGUGUUGCUUGUAAGUGAGUCCUCUCUAUUUAAAGAAAGCAAAGGUUAAAAGUAAUUGAUUUAUUUUGAAAAAAAAUCCCAUUCUUUCACCAUUAAAAGUAUCAAUAAACUAGUUAACAUGGAAAAUAGUGAUAAAGAUACAGGGAAUUCAAAUGAAAACAAGGCAAAAAUGGAAUCAUUCGAGAGGAUAUCAAAACUUCCAGUUGUCGAAAGCACUGUCAAUGCAGCUCAAAGUAUGUACGAUAAAAUUAAGGAGUCACAUUCUAUAGUAAAUUCAGUGCUUUCAACUGCUGAAUCAACUAUUAAACAGGCUACAGAGGCUGCUCAGCCGUUGACCAACAAAUUGGAAACACCAAUAAAGAAAGUCGAUACAAUUUUAUGUUCAAGUUUGGAUUAUGUCGAAGAUAAAAUCCCUUCGAUUAAAUUGCCACCUGGAGAGAUGUAUCAGAACACAAAAACAGCGAUAAACAAUACUGUAGUGCCAGCAGUUUACAAGGCAUAUGAAUAUGCAGAAAACGGAGCCAAGACCAUUAAUUCAUAUGUGUUUGAAUCCAAACAAGAGGAAAAAAUAGAAGUGCCAAAAGAAAACUGAAUCCCCACUAGUUAUAUUGAAUUAUCAAAUACUUACUUAUAUUUUUGUAUUUAAUGUUCAGAAAUUGUAAUAAAUAUUUUAAUAAAUUGUUGUAAUAAUUCUAA